CAUGCAGCUCCACCCACCUGUAGAUAAAAGCCAAACCCUCACCAGUGCUGCUGUUCAGCGUCUGUCACAAACUCCUUAAAAGCUCAGUGAUACCGCAGCAGCAGCAGCACACACAAAGAAAAUGGUGGCUGUACCCCUCCAUUCUUUCUAUCUUCUCAUCACAGUGUUACAGCUAUGUUUACUAUACCUCGCUCAUGGUGGGGUGUAUUAUGGACAUAAACAGCCACCCCAACAGUCCCAGCCAUUGCCACAAUAUGAUGCAUAUCCACAGCAACAGUUUCUGGAGAAUGAGAUGCCAAUACUUCCUCAGUAUGGACAAGAGUUUCCUCAACCGCCAUUGCACAUGGGCAAAGAGAGACCACUGACAGAUGGCAAAGGACAAACCUUUCCCAGAGGAGCUAAAGGUCCACGCCCUCCUGUUCCAGGGGUAAAAGGUCUCCCAAAGGGACUGCAAGGAAUUCAAGGUCCCCCAGGGCCAACAGGACCACCAGGACCACAAGGCCCUCCUGGGCUUCCAGGUCAGGGAUUGCCAGGUUUACCAGGAAAGCCAGGCCCUCCUGGUCCUUCUGGCUACCCAGGAGUUGGAAAACCCGGUAUGCCAGGAUUGCCAGGAAAACCUGGAGGACCUGGAUUACCAGGAUCAAAAGGUGAUCUUGGUCCUAAUGGUGAUGUAGGUGUAACUGGACCUCCUGGGCCUCCAGGACUUCCAGGUCCCUCAGGACUCCCUGGGAUUCCAAAAGCAGGAGAUCAGGGACUUCCAGGACAGCGAGGUCCUCUAGGGGAGCCUGGCCAAAAAGGUCUGCCUGGGCUUCCUGGUCCUCCAGGCCCCAAAGGAGACAAAGGACUUGGUAUACCUGGUUUUCCAGGCUUGAAAGGGCCUGGUGGACCACCAGGUCCACCUGGACAGGUGGGCAUUGCUGGCAUUGGUAAACCUGGUAUGAAUGGUCUUCCUGGGCAACCAGGAAUACCAGGAAAGCCUGGUUCUCCUGGAGAACCAGGACUGGCAGGGGCACCUGGUGAAAGAGGCCAACCAGGUGUACCAGGUGUACCAGGAAUUGGAAAACCAGGAAAAGAUGGUUUCAGUGGGCAACCGGGGGUAUCUGGAGGGAAGGGGGAACCAGGUCUCCCUGGUUUACCAGGGAACCCAGGCUUGCCAGGUUAUGGUACACCUGGGUUUCCAGGACCUAAGGGUCAUAAGGGACAUGCUGGUCUUCCUGGAGCACCAGGUCCAAAAGGUGAUAAAGGUCACCCAGGUCUCACAGGUGUCAUUGGUCCCACUGGUUCAAGUGGAAUACCUGGCCCACCAGGUCCAAUAGGCCUUCCUGGUAGUCUUGGCUUCCCAGGAUUAAAAGGAGAUGAUGGUGUCAUAGGGCCAAGAGGAAAUCCAGGAGUAAAGGGUCAGACAGGUCCUCCAGGGCUUCCCGGACAGCCUGGUAGAUCAGGAGAGGGUGGACAACCAGGACCAAGAGGCUUACAAGGGCCCAUUGGCCCAAAAGGAGAAGCUGGUGUUAGGGGUUUACCUGGUGCCCCUGGUGCUGCAGGAUUAACAGGAACAAGAGGAGAAGGGGGACAGGCUGGAGAGAAAGGCCCCCAGGGGCCACAAGGUAUUCCAGGGCUUACAGGACCAGGGGGCCCAAUUGGACCCCCUGGGCUUCCUGGACGAAAAGGCGAUGCAGGCUUACCAGGUAAACCUGGCUAUCCUGGUGAGGGAACCCCAGGACCCCCAGGUCUUGUUGGUCCACAAGGUAACCCCGGUCCCAGUGGUCCUCCUGGAUUUCCAGGGCAACCGGGACAACCUGGACCCCCUGGACCUCCUGGACAACCUGCUACAUUUCCUGACCUUGGACAGAUCCUUCCUAUGACUGGCCCAUACAGUGGCCAAAAACAAGGUUACAAGAACCCAAAUGGAGGUGAGAUUGGUGGAAAUGGCCCUGAGCUGCCUGCAUUCACAGCUAAACUCACAAAUCCAUUCCCCCCUGUGGGUUCCCCUGUCAUCUUUGACAAACUCUUGCACAAUGGCAAUCAGGACUACAGUCCCCAGAAUGGUGUUUUUACCUGUAGCAUACCAGGGAUCUACUACUUUUCUUACAACGUACACUGCAAAGGAGGUAAUGUGUGGGUGGCACUGAUGAAGAAUAAUGAGCCAGUUAUGUACACUUAUGAUGAGUAUAAAAAGGGAUUGCUAGAUCAGGCUUCAGGGAGUGCAGUACUCCCAUUAAGAAAAGGAGACACUGUGCAUAUACAGCUACCAUCGGAGCAGGCAGCAGGACUUUAUGCUGGUCAGUAUGUCCACUCCACAUUUUCUGGAUACCUACUGUACAUUAUGUAAUAAAUUAUAAUAAAGGUGAGAAUAAUAGCACAGAUCUGACCAUAAUGUAAGUAAAACUACUUCAGUCACAAGGUACAAUGUAGGUCAAGUUAAACGGGUUACAUCGAGAAUUGGGAAGAUCUUCUUUAGUUCUUACUGUAGUUAUUACUAUUAUUAUUAUAAUUAUUAUUAUAACAACACUAUAUGUACCACAACUGUAUUUACUUACAAAUAAAUAUCAGAAAGGGAAGUUAUAAAACCAUGGCCAAAAUUUGUAUAUAAAUGUUAUGAUAAAUCACUUGGCUUUUAGCCAUUCCAUUGUCUUAAUUACACAUAUAUUCUUAUAUUCAUCUACAGACAGUAUAUCAUGGCUUCUGAUAACUCCUCAUACAGUGCAGAUUUACAGUAUAUCUUCUUUUUAUUCACUUGACAGGACAGCAGUUUCUGUUCUACAAUUAUAAACCGCAUACUGGGCAUGUACGAACCUAUCACUUUAUUUUUCUUAGUUAUAAAUUACAGUUGGGUUAUGUAUUAGGGUUCAUCAUGUAAUUAUUAAAUUAUUGUUAGACUUUUUUUUGUUUUUUGUAAUGUUGAAUUUUUUAAUAUGAAAAGAUAUUCAUAUGCAUUUUACCACACGUAUUCACUUAACAAUAACAUAACCAUUGGCUAUUUUAUUAAAUGUCACACCAGUCCACACAGUCCAUAACAGAACAGCAAAAAAAAAUACACGUUUAUUUUGUCCACAGUAGCUUGAUUUUUCCCUUUGAUGUCCUAGUGUUUUUUUAUUUGUAAUAAAUAUAAACUGAAAGGUACGUGUGAGUUUGUCAGUAUUCUCUGUAAUUUAUUUGUUUGACUACUGAUUACUUGGAUUUGUCUUGUGUGUUGAACACUAAAUGGAGAAUUCAUUCCUAAAUGCAGGACACAUAAAAUAGCAAUACCCAUUCAUAUGACUGUGCCACUUUUUUUCUUUGGUUGUUUAGGGGUUUUUUUUGGAUUUUUAAGUUUUGUUUUUCCAAACUGAGGAUAAGCCGUUUUGGUAUGACAUUCUUUAAAAGUACUUUUCCUAAUAUUCCUUUAUUUUCAGACAAAAACUGUGCCGUAAGUAUGUGAAUUUUGAUCUUUGUUGUUUUUUCUUGGCAAGAUGAUGGUUUAA